AUGACAAACCCACAAGACAAUCCUGGAACUCCUCCACCACCCACUCCCUCUAAUUCAUCUACCUCUCCUCCACCUAGCACAUCUCCCAAACCCAGGCUGAGAAGGGUAAAAAUGCUUGCUCGGAAAACAGUAGCGUCUGGGGCUCUCUCAAAGAAAUUAAAUGAGAAAUUAAAGGCAAGCCAGGUCCAAGACUCUGACUCCAACUCUGAUUCUGAGUCAUACAAAUCGGCUAAAAAUGUAGAAGAGAGUGGCAAGAAGUCAGGGGGAAGUGGUUCUGGUGAAGCUGCUGAAGGGUUAGUUAAUCUAAGCGCACAAGGAGAUGAACCUGGUUCAUCAACUGAAGAGACCCUAGCAGACUUGUUGAAAAAGGCUGGGGAAAGUUAUGAUCAAAAGAAAAGAAGAACUUCCACACCAAAAGCCUCCAGUGAUCCUAAACCCUCUAAAAAAAGAAAGGCUUCAUCCCCAACAACUACUGAAACUUCCUUGCCUAAGGGAAGAGCCACAAGAAGCAGGGUGAAACAGAGUGAGAGUGAUCUACAAAAGGCUCUAGCUGAGAGUAAGAAGAAAAGGAUGUCUAAAGGAAAAGGGAAGGUGGCAGAGUCCUCAGAGGCUGUGGAAGUUGAGGAGAUGGAACAGGUCCAUCAGGAGGAAGUUCCAACAGUGUAG